GGAUUCGGGCUCGCGAUCGGAACAUGUUUUGUCAGUGAGCGUAGUCCGGCAUCAUGCACGCGUUGUUCGGCGAGCAGAGCCCGUACGCGUACCGCGGAGGAGCUGCCGGAGGGUACUCCGCCAGCGUCACGCCCUAUGCCUAUGAGCAGUACCGGUAUGGCUAUGGGGCGCCCUACCUGCACCCGCACCAACAGCACGUCGGCGCCCCCAAGGACAUGGUGAAGCCGCCCUAUUCCUAUAUAGCACUCAUUGCGAUGGCUAUUCAAAAUGCACCAGACCGCCGCAUUACAUUAAACGGCAUCUAUCAGUUUAUAAUGGAGCGAUUUCCUUAUUAUAGAGAGAACAAACAAGGCUGGCAGAAUUCAAUCAGACAUAAUUUAAGUCUCAACGAGUGUUUCGUGAAAGUGGCGCGAGACGAUAAAAAACCAGGAAAAGGCAGCUAUUGGACGCUUGAUCCUGAUUCGUACAAUAUGUUUGAUAACGGUUCGUACUUGAGGCGGCGGCGUCGCUUCAAGAAGAAAGACGCUCUGAAGGAAAAGGAGGAGGCCCUGAAACGGCAGCAUCAGCUGCAGCAGGCGCAGGAGGCGCUGGCGGCUCAGGAGGCAUUGAGCGCGGCUGAUGCGCUGGGGCAGCCGCGCGACGUCAAGCCGGACGUGAAGCCGCGCAUCUUCGAGUGUCGGCCCAAGCGCGAGCCGGGCGCAGACUGUGCGCGCUACGACAAGCCGGCAGACGCUCUCGAUGACUUUAGUGAGCCUCGAUUGCCACCGUCAGCCGUAUACUGCUCCCCACAGCCGUAUUCGCUAGCCGCGGAGGAGUUCCGCGCAGCCACAUCGGGCUGGUACACGGCGCCGGAGCCGCCGGCCGAGCAGCUGCCGCCCGCGUUCCGCGACCUGUUCGAGCCGCCGAGCUGCCAGCUGGCCGGCUUCCGCGGCGGCUCUCCGCCCACCGACGCGUAUCGGGCCUCACCCCCGCCGCACCACCACUAUCGCACGCCCGCGCCAUCUUACUACCACCACCAAGCCUGCGUCGCCGCCGCGCCCGCUCCAGCCCACAAGUCUUACUGAGACACUGCCCCCAGGUGUGAACGUAUGAGAAGACAGCGAGAGGCGGACUGCAGGGGAUACAAGAAUUGUUCUCAGUAAUGAGAUAGGCAGGUACAAUGCUGCUAAGUUUAGUGUGGACGCCAUAGUGACUUCAACUGUUGCGCUUACGAACAUUGUUGCGAAGUAUGCGCUGGGUUUAGGUCCGUUAAUAGCCCUCCAGGAGUUUACUGAUAUCGGGACAUCACACGGAUUAAAUAACGACACAAACAUACCUUUAAACUAUAUAUAACUGUCUGUAGACGUAAUGAUGUUUUAUCGGACACCUAUUGUCGAUAUAAUAUAAUAGUCAUUAUUGUAAGAUAAUGGGUGUACAUUUUAUUGCUGUAUUCAAUAUAUUUUAAUAUUGUUCUACAGGAAGAUUUUCGAAUUGUUUCGAAACAAAUUUUAACUGGCUGUAUUGAUUUACAAAAGUUAAAUUUUCUUUUUAGACUACUGAUAACGAUACUUAUAAAUAAAUAUGCUUCAGUAUUAUUAUAUUACAGAUGUUUAAUUCGGAUUUAUGAUUUGUAUAUAAUUUUAAUAAAAUGUACGUCUACUGACUAUCUUAAGUUAAGUUGUGAAUGAGUAUAAAAACAAAAGUCCAAUAUAUUUUAAGAUACAAUUUAAUGAAUGUCCAGACAAUGCGGAUUGUUGGAUAUUCAGUGGACAGUCAUCAUACUGCUUUACUUAAAUAUACAUAGUUAAACUUGUUUAGUAGGUGUAUGGUAGAUUAUAAUGGCACUUGAAUAUAAACCUAAAAUUUGACAACGCAAAAUUAAAACUCAAACAAUAAAUGACAAUGGAAUUAAAUUUGUAAAUAUCUUGCUUAUGAAAUCUUUUUCCAACACAAUAAAUAUUAUUAGUACCUUAAUAAAAUCAAAGUUAGUGGGUACCAUAUUGAUUUUAGUACAUCAUCAGUAUUCUAGUCUGUUCGUAUAUUUUUAGUACAACGUGUCUUUUGAAAAUACAGGAAUUUAGUAAAGGUUAUGGUGUCACUUUCAGAAAUCCACCACGCUAUGCUAAUUAUUUACUAAGUAGGAAGGUAUUAGUGGAACGUUCAACCAAUUUAAAAAAAAAAACUUUUAGAAUGGUGCUACCUAUCUGCCGAUCAAGUGGAAAUAAAACGAUAUGCACCUAGUACAAUUCAGGUUAAAUAUAUAACAGUAGUGUACAUUACAUAUUUCUGAACAGCUUACAAUUUUACAGCAAGCCACAUAAUGUCUACCUACCUAUCGAGAUAAGAGAGUGGGAUGAAGUAAAAACUCAAUAUACACAGAGGAGUCCGUGAUUUUUAUAAAAAGCGAGUUCACAAGUCCCGCCCCGGAUCUCUUAUGGCAAUCACAGCCUCUGUGUGCACUGAACAUAAGUUGUCCAAUAAAAUUAUUACAAAUUUUAAUUUAUUGACCCAUUUGUUUUACAUAUAUUAGAUAGGUAGAUAGAUAGAAAUACCUACUAAGCUUAUAAUUCGUUUAUUUCGCUUGCUAAACUUAAAGAUUUAUUAUUCAUAUGUAAUAUCAGCAGAGGUCCGUAAAUUAAACUUAUACUAAAUCAUUCCAAUACAGUAAUACCUAAAACUGUUCUCAAAAGUAAUCUUGUAUUUAUCUUUCAUAGCCUACUAUACAUAGCCAUAUUCAACGUUAUAUUUAAACUGUGGAUGUUACAUUUAUAUUAAGUAGAGUAAUAUAGCCAGUAGUAUUAAACGAUAAAAUAAUGUAGGCAUAGUAUCCCACAGGAAAUUUAAUUUAUUGGUCCUAAACAUAAUGAUAAGUAAGAAUCGAUGGAAACGUGCUACAGGGGUGCUGCCGCUCCGUUGCGACAUUGGAGCUAAGUCGUUUUAUUUAGAGUUAUUGCGACGUCUUGGCACUUUAAGCUUCCGACGACGCAUCGGAGCGAUAACAUCGUGUGGCACAUCGUUUAUAAGUUUUGUUUUACGUUGAACUGAGAAAUAUCUGUUCACUUAGUUGUAACUUUAAUACAGUGUGUUCCUUUAAACUCGAUCUCAAUCACGCUGGACUUCAUAAUUAUUAUACAGAGUGUUAGUGACAUGGUAACGAAUACUGAGGGAGAUGAUUAGGCUUUGGUAGUUUACGUCGCAAAAAGUAUGGUAGUAAAUAAUUAAAAAAAAAAAACACUUAAAUUUUCAUGAAUUUUCCGAGAAAUUCCACUUGAUAUCAACUCAGAAUCGGUCUGCAUCAUCUACUAAAGUUUUCUUUACGAUGUCACUAACACCCUGUAUUAUUUAUUUAAUAUCCACAUUCACUUAAAAUAGAAUAGUAUCCCGUAUUACACGAAUACCUAUGUAAAUAUGUCUGUAGUGCUGGAGUAUAAUUAAGUUAUAGUGACGAAUUUCUGUAAAAAAUGCGUCAGUUGGUUUUGAGCAGUGUUCGAUUCAAAAAUUUGCGUAAGUCCACUUGCGUAUAACAAUAAAGUAAGUAAUUGGUUUUCGCUCCAUGGACUCGAACCUUAUGUUAUGGUUCUAUGACGAUUUCGUGCAGAUGAUCACGUUUAAUACUACAAUUGGCUUUCAUUAACAAGAUAUUUUUGUAAUAAUAGAUAUUAUUUUUCAAUUAAGUACUGAAGUAAAUAAUUUACCACGGAAUAAAAGAGGUUGGAAAUAGAUUUCUUUUUGAAGUGACUUAUUGUAGAUUUGCCGCAGAUGGCAUAAACUAUUUGGCCAGAGAAAUAUAAAGACACUAACGCCCAUUUUGCAUGAGAACCGCUGUCGCCGGUUCAACCUUAUUCUCUUUUAUUUACUUCUACUCCUGCAAACUACGAUAGCUCUACUACCGCCGUGUAUUUUAUUGGAUGUAAUUUUAUCAUUACUAUUCGUAAGAUACUGCAUACAAAAGUAUUUAUUUGAUAAAUAGCCGAUCUUACUAAGGUUUUUAUCUUUCCUGUGAUAAGGAGGGAUCUCCUUGCGUCAUAGUUGAUAUUUAAUUUUUUACCCUUAAACUUAUGUUGUGCAUUCAUGCAUAGCACAAGAUGACUUUUAAUAUAAUUUCGCGGAGCUUCGUGAGUAGUAAAGUUUGAUGAUAAUACGUAAUUUACCAAUACUGAUGCAUAGUUUAAAGAUAUUCGUCUGAAGUGUAGAAUUUCUUUAACGUGUGCCGAUAAUUAUUCAAAGAAAAGAAAUCAUUGAAAGUGUACACUAAAUUGUGCUAUAUUUUAAUUUAAGCAAUCAAAUCUUAGACGAAGUAAUCCUAGUUAAUGACUUUGUGAUACCUAAUUAUUGUA